AUGAACAAGUUCAAAGACGCCGUCGACGAACACGAUUUGGAGAAUUUAAAGAGACUUUUUAAGAGUGUACCAAGUACGGUCCCGCCACCGAUUAUCUUUGUUCAGCCAUACAAUAUCUGUUCAGAGGACGACUACAUCGCCGACGAGUUUUUCCGAAAGUACGCUGGAGCGCAGUUUGUUGUGCAGAACGCCGCAUUUAUUACCCGCGACAAAAUGGAGGGAAAUGUGAAAAUUGCGACGUUUGAGGCUCCGAACGGCAUUCUCAAUCAUGUGACGAUGCGGAGAAGCAAGCAUAGUCCGACGAAUUGGGUCAUUAUGCGCAUGGAUUGGCUUGUAGCUCGAUAA